AUGGUGACUUUGCAGGCCGCGCGGCUUGUGAUAGGGCUGAGUGUUCCGGUCGGUGCCGUAUUCUUUCCCCAGCCUUUCCGUCUAUUCGAAGGUGGAAAUGUCGAGGGCAUACACCCUCCGAACAUCAGGCACUUUCGGCAUCGGCUGGACCACAGAUUUGAGGACGGCAGUGACCUCUCGCUGCACUGGGACGUGGACACAGAUCCUGAUUCAUUGCUGGAGCUGGACCUCGAGCACCGAAGAGGUGUUAGAAUAAUCGAGUGUAGCCAGGGCCACUUGGUGCUGCAGGUUCCGAAGGACACCCUGCACCGGAUGGAAAAGCUGGAGCAUGUCACUGCUUCACACUUGCUGCAUCCCUGCAAGCACCUUGCAGAAAAGAAUUUAUACCACCGAAUUCAGAAGAUCCGCAAGAUAGCUAUGUUGGAAGCAGAUUCCGCGCUUGUGGAUCUGCACACCAAGGAGCUGGCGACGGCUCAAGAAGUAUUUCGGUCAUGCAGGUUCCACAUUCAUGUCAUGCCUGCAGGGGCUAAGGACCCUCAGGUUUUGCAGCGUGAACUCAGGGAACGGUCUAAGCAUCGCCGUCUGUCUGAGUCGUUUAUGGACUUGGUGCGGGACGGCCUGAACAGCGUGGGUGAUGUCCAUGGUACCAACUUCAAGAUGAAGACCGGCUUCACACCGGACAAGGCCAACGACGUCCAGGACAAGACCUUCUUCAAUCUGAACAAUCCGACCGAGCAGGAUCGAUUUCAUUGGAACUACACAUAUGAGGCCAAAGGCACGCAAAACCCUCAGUACAAGUACACCUUUCCGGGUGGAACGGCGUGGCUCAGGCUCUUCAAGCCGAAGGUGCAUGCGUGGCUCGGGUUUACGAUGAACCUGAGUAGUCACAUGCCGGACAUCACGCAAGCGCCACAUGAGACAGUGGACAUCCUCGUUCAGAGCUAUGCAGACCUCGACCUAGAUAUUGGCACAGCUGCUGACUUUGACGAAGACAGGUCUUCCUCCGUGCUUCACAAUAUGCUAGACGUCUUUCCUAUUCCGAUCCUCAGCAAGCUGAAGACGGAUACAGCGCAGUUUAUGCGCCCCUUCACCUUUCACAUAGGUGGAACGCCGAUUACGGUGACCCCAGGAUGGAGCAUCAAUAUGAAGAUCUUCCACAUCGGACAGCUCAAGGGCACCAUGCGAGUCGGCCUGGAAACGAAGCUGCUCAGCCGCGGGACGAUGCACUUCGACACGACCUUCGGAGAGCAGCACAACUUCUCUGUGGAGAUGAAGAACGUCAACUUUACUUCUCCAGCCUGGCUGCUCUUCACGAAGCACUUUCAGUUGGGCGUGGAAUUCGAGCCAAACAUCUGGGUGAAGGGCGGCUUCGGAUUUCUGCAGGAUGUCGAGCUGGGUUUCGGCUUCAGGCCGUACUGCAACAUUUCCAUCACGGAGCAAUCGGAUGAAGCCCUCGGAGGGUCCGAGACGAACCAGCUCGCCAUUUAUCCAUAUCGUGUAGUGGGUCUUCCGUUUGGGAGCUGUUUCGCCUUGAAGAUCAGUGCCAACGGGCAGUACAAGACCACGGCGUGCCAAGUGAGCGUUGGUGGAGUCAUUCGUUUCCAGAACAAGGUCGAGAUCUUCGAGUUUCCGCCGACAACACAGACACGGCUUCUUACAGAUCCCAUCAAGGUGGAUGUCCUCAAAGAUGGCCUUGAAACCGUGGCCACCGGUGAGAUUGUCUGCCAGAAGGUGGUGAACGGAAAGUGCGAGCCGCAUCCAACGCAAGUUCGCAUGGUGGUCGGCAACCAGGAAGUGGUGGUAGACUUGGGCAUUUACUUCCAGGCGAAUGCCUUGAGCGAGCUGGAGAUUAACAUGCAAAGUAUCAGCGUGCGUGUUCCCAUGUUCACGCUCGACCAUUCUGCUACAGCACUACAAAAAGUGGUGGGCCAAGAAGAGAAUCGCAAGACCUUGGAGCUGUGCCUAUGCCACAACGGACGCGAAAUGUGUUCGAAACUGAAAGCCAAGUUUCCUGGCGAGAACCAGCUGUUUACCAGCGAUACGAUCUGGGAGCUCGGUCCCGUGUUCACAGAGAAUUGGCUGACCAAGCCGGUCGCUGCCCUCGCGAAGGGUCAAUCUGCCAACGAACAAAGGCUGCAGAACAAAGUCGCGGUCCGUGCAAACGGCACUAUCAUAGCCACGGGUAUGAUUCUUCAGACGAACGUCAAAGAGGAGAGGCCUCUCAAGAGCAUUGAGGACUUGGAAAGCGAACGGAAGGAAGCCAUGCAGACCCUUCCGACGCAGGUAAUGUUGAUGGACGCAGCCAACCCAAACAAGAUGGUCGGUUCGUGCCAGAUUGAGUUAGACAUCAUGCCCGUCGAGUAUGGUGCUUUUUGGGUGCAGCCCUUCGAGGGCGACAGGUUUGUCGUCGGGCUCUCCUACACCUUCGCUUGGGCGACGCACGGGGCGGUUGCCGGAAGUUACUACAGCUUUACGAUUGCGCUGCAUGAGGUCACUGGAGAGCAGUGCGCCGGCGUCGGAAAACAGUUCACCAGCAAGGACAUUGAGGUGAAGUGCACCAAGGAUCCACGAGUCAAAGUUCAUCGAUACUACGGAGGCCACCUGCCUUGUGUCUUCGAGAACGAGGUUGUUUGUCCGCCAGAAGCAGCGGGAAAGACAGUGAUCGCACUCGCUAGCUGGCACGACGCUAUGAAUCUGCCACACUUCAUGGAGUCCAACGCCUUCUUCUGUGACCAUCCCAUCGGUCGUCGGUUGAACCAGACGGCUGCUUUGAAGGCUGCAACCCAGCUGGUGAAGAACGAUGAAAGCGUGGGCUUUGGAUUCGAGUCGCAAGGUCAUCACGAAGGCCUUACUCGCAAGGCUCGAAGAGCUUUCCGCUCUCUGGCGAAGCACUGUCAUGAAAAGCCGCUGAAGUACAGCAUUGGGGCCGGAAUAAAUUACAUUCAGCUCGUGAAGAACAUCCCAUACGCAGGAGGAGCCAUGGGCACGGGUGACGGUUCUUCCAAUCCCAUGUCCGGGCAUUUUACACCGGAUGGAAGUUAUGUGUCUAACCCAUACCAGCUUUGGCGCCUAGGGGACGAUGCUGAACAUCGCAAGCGAUUGAGCGACCUGCUUCCUGAAAGUGUCUGCGCUGGUGGCAUCUGUGAGGGAAUGAUGCUCGGCUGCCAGAAGACGAAAAUCAGACCCAUCAACAUCCCGAAGAUCAGCUAUAAGUUGACGCGCACCUUCAACUGGAUUCCGCACGUCGGUCCCAGUGCACGACAUGUUAUAGCUUACGGCCUGAUGGUUCUGCCGGCUGCCGUUAAAGAAGCUGGCAGGGAGGCGCAGCAAAUGGAGAAAGCAUUGGAAGCGAAUGGCACCAAUCAGUCGCAACCCUUGCAAACGAUGGCCGAAGACUUUCAGAAGAUCUUUCAGCCUGAGCAGAGCCGUCGACUCCAGCAGAAGCCUUUUCAGACUCCUGCAGGGGGUGAGUUCAGAGAAGAGACGCUGGACGACAUGGAGGAUGAUUGGAGCAAGCAUGGUGCUUUUGACGAGAUGGUCGUGCAGAUCACCGAUUCCAUGCACUAUCCGAUAACGGAUGAAGUCAUGGAAUACCUGUUGGCAGCGGAUGCUUUUCGCGGCCUCGAGGACGGUCGAGAGGCAACGCACGGUCCAAUCAAAGUCAUUGGCUACGAGCUGCUGCACUCUUCAGGGGCUGCAGACAAGAAUGCCAAAAAACACUCGAAGGUCAAGGAGAGGAGGCCUUCGCCUACCCAGCAGGGAGCAGCGACCGGAACCGUCCAAAGACUAUCAGAGGCAGAUUCGCAACUCUGGGAUGCGGCGCGCAGCCAUAAACCAUCUCAAGGUGCGAUGCCACUGCGGACAGGCCUAGGACUCUGUGCUGUGGCGGCGGCACUUGCUUCGUCGCUGUGCGUGGCCCUCCUCGCAAGGGGCAGACGAGGCAACGACCGGCAAAAUAGCCGGGAGGUGCAGUUUCGCUGCCUGCGAUUAGACUUUGGCUCCCUUCAUGCGACGAUCAUUCCGGAUUCCAGGGAAGUGUAUGCAACGGGUCCUGGCUUUCAAGCCGAAAUUGUCCAGAUGUUUGCCAGACCAAGGAAUGGAACUGUCGGGCUUGACUCGUUCGACCCCACGAAAACGGUGGUCUUGGAGUUCGCCGAGCGCAGGAGAUCUCUAGGUCAGCAGACUGAGACGUAUAUCAAGGCAUUCCUCAAACGAGAGGCCGAGCAGUUGCGGGCGGAUGCGCGCCUGCCUCCAUCGGUGGUGCUGGCAAUGAUGAGGUUCGGCGAGAUGCUCAGAAGUGCCAGCUUGAGCUUUGCGGAAGGCCCGAGCAGGUCGUUGAAGCGGAGCAGUUCGCGGAAGAGACUGUCCGGUGCGGCUCUGACGAACCCCCUGGCCCGACCAAUCCCUUUCACCUGUGCAGGGUCAUCGCAGCCGGACGGGCACUUCCAGCUCCGCAGUUGUCGUCCUGCCGCCCUCGCCUCCGCCACCACCUGCACCAGGGAGUGGAAGGCCAGAUUCGGCGCAGCGCCAACGCCUGAGUUCCCGCGUCAUAUCAGGUGCAGCGGUGUCAAGACAUUGGCAAGUGUCAUUUUUCGCAUACUCGUGCAACAGCAUGGCCAGGCACCGGUUGCUGCGCCCUGGGCGAGUCCGGUGCUGCUGCCGCGUCCUGGCUUUGCGGGGGCGGCGCCGGUAGUGCCGCUAGUCCUGCCGGCGAUGCCACUAAGGCCGCUCCAGGCCGGGGAACAGCGUGGGAGGGACACCAAGGGUUCCCCCCGUGCAGUUCCAUCGUUGAGAAGAGGUGGCGAUAGUCCAGCGAGACCUCAGGUCUGCGAAGACCUCUUAGGGGUGCUGCACUGCUUCUUGGAUGAUCCUGCAGUGCAAGCGAACACUAUUCUCGGCAGCUUGCACUGGCUCAACGACUCGAGCAUCGCCUCCACCUGGCAGCUGGAACACGCAUCGAGCGAUCCUUCUGAUGGCAAGCAGAGGAUUCGGAUGAAGCUCUUGAUGACAGAAGCUUGCCUGAGUGAUCUGGGUGAGGGAAUGGAGUCGGGCUUUCACACUUUGCUUGACCGAGGGCCCUUUGAAGAGGACCAUGCGGGAAUGGUGCUGGAUGGCAUGCUUCUGGAGGCUGCAAGUGGAGACGGAGCUCUCGUUUGCACCUUGUUCACUCUUUUUUUCACGAUGAAUUCAGGAUCUGGCGACUGCGACAAGGAGGCUGUUGAUGAGAACGUGAGGGAAGCUUUGCAGGGCGCCUCCAACGGACGCGAAGACUUGGUGAUCCAGUGGCGGGAGGUGUGCAGGCCGCGAAGAGCUGGUGCCGUAGCGGCCCAGCCCAGAGGUGCCCGAAAAGAUUUCGCUGCUCUUUUUGAAGAAUGGCUGAAGGUGCGUGAUCUUGAGGGGGUCUUGGUCGAAACAGGGUACGAGAAGGGCUGGAAGGUUUAUCAGUACACCAAGGAUCCAGUCGUGAAGAGCCAACCUACUUGGGAGACGGCCUUUCAUGGAACUUGGUGGUACUCUGUGUGGUCAGUCUUGGAUUCCGGGGUUUUCCUGGAGUCCAAUGACCGGGACAAGGGACACGACUUCUGGGAACCCGGAGUGUACUGCUCACCGAACCUCUCCACGGCCCGCUGGUACGCGCGGCCGCAGAUCCUCUUCGGCGACAAAGUAUAUCACCGAGUGAUCUUCGAGCUACGGGUAAACACAGAGAAGCGCAUCCGGAACCGGCAGCGCGGUGGCGUGCAGUGGAUAUUCAAGCCGGAUUCGGUGUCCCUGCAGGCCAUUUGGGUGCAGAGGAACGCACCCCCGAAGAAUGGAGAGGAAAGGAUCAACGACUGGGAUCCAUCCCUGGAAGCACGCCCACUUGGCAAAGAUCCAGUGCAGCCGAUUGUAAAUCCGCGAACGUGCGAUUGGUCUGAUACGGAAGAAGACCAAGAAGGCGAAGCAGAGGAGGACGAUGAGGACGAUGUUCCUCCGCACCUCUUGGGCACUAACCAGCCGAGGCAGCCAAUGAAGCUCCCGUCGGCUGUGGCUGUGACCCAGGGUGCUUCAUACUUUGCUCGUUUCAAGCAAGGAGGAGCGUCAGCCAGAGUCAGCGCCUUUCCUUUUCGGGGCUGCAGAGUUGCACUGGGCUCUAGAUUCUCGUGCCGAUUCGAAACGAGUCGGACGCAUAAAACGUUGGGCAUUGCUGCCAUGCAAAUCCAACACUCGGGACAUCGCUUUGUCCAACAUUCGACUCGUCUUCAGAGCAUCGAGCCCCAUGUAAGCAGGCCUAUCAUGAACGCAUCCAUCUGGCGCCAAUAG